AUGAUAAAAAAUAGGGUUUGCAAGCACAAACUACUUAUUGUUGUUGACAAUAUAGACGACAAGUUUGAAUUUGAUAAGCUUUUCGGAAACUUAGGUGAUUUUUCCUCGGAUACUAGAUUUAUAUUUACAACAAGGGAUAAGAGGGUUUUAGAUUUUAUUCCCGAAUGCAAAUUAUAUGAACCAGGAGAAAUGAGUCUUUGUCAAUCCCUACACCUCUUUAGCAAACAUGCUUUUGGGAUGAAGUAUCCUCCCGAGGAAGAUGUGAGAAUAUCCGAGGAAUUUGUAAAAGUUGCUACUGGCGUUCCUUUAGCUCUCAAGGUGAUAGGGUCGCUUUUGUUUCGUAGAGAGAGGAAAUUUUGGGAAGAAAAGUUGAGAGAAUUACAAGACAUUCCUUCUACUAUUAAAAACAUGGUGCAAGAGAGAUUGAAGAUCAGCUACAAUGACUUGUCGCAUAAUGAAAAACAAAUCUUUCUUGAUAUUGCUUGUUUUUUUGUCGGUAGCCACAAAGAUUUACCUUACUACAUGUGGAGUAGUUGUGGUUUUUAUCCAGAAAGUGGUAUCGACACUCUCAUCCAUAGAUCUUUGAUAAAACUUGACAAAGGAAACAAGUUUUGGAUGCGCGAUCACAUUAAAGAUCUUGGGAGAGCCAUUGUUAAAGAGGAAGAUGUUAGACAUCCAUACAACCGUACCAAGAUAUGGUUUACUAAUGAUGUCCUCGACAUGUUAAGAAACGGAGAGGGAAGUGAACGGGUGGAAGUUGUUAGAAUAGAUGUGGAAUCUAUGGAUUAUCAUGACAAGCUGUUUGAAAGCGAGAGAUUUGAGAAAUUAUCAGGGUUAAGAUAUUUAGAGGUGCGGUAUGGACGCAUGAUGGGGGAUUUCAGUCAGGUACUUCCAAAUAUAUGUUUCUGUCGAUUGUAUUGUUGUGAAACUGUCCCAACUGAUGUUAAUACGAAGAAAUUAGCGGUACUUGAUUUGGAGGGUUCCAAUGUGAAGGAUAACUGGAAAGGUUGGAGUGGAAUAAAGGCGGCAGCAAAGCUGAAAGCAGUUAAUGUACCUCACUGCUUGGAGCUGAAAAAAUCUCCCGACCUGUCGACAUGCACAAGCCUCGAGUUUAUAAACUUUUCGCAUACCAAAAUGAAAGGACAGAUGCACAUUGGCAAAUUCAAGAAUCUGAAAACGCUUAGACUCCAAGAAACCUGCAUAACAGAGCUAGUCAUUAGAGGUGGUGACAUUGGAAAACUUCAACGGCUAGAGGAGAUGGACGUGAGUCAGACCUAUGAAUGUGGAUGGUCUAAGAUACCCAGGCUUCCGGGGAGUUUAAAGAGGCUAUCCGUCUUGUCCUCAUGUGGGGUCCCAAAUCUGCUAGAGCUCAAGGAGUUGGAAACGCUGAGCUACUCUACUGGUCCUUUAAUCCUUGGAGACUUAUGGCAGCUUCCCAAUUUGAAGGAUUUGACUCUGCAGCAGUGCUUUAGCGAUGGUCCACUGUUGCAGCAGGACCAGGGCCAGGAGCCAACUUCUUUAAUCAGCCUUCGUAUCGUUGAUUGCAAGCAUUUGAAUGAACUCCCCAACCUAGCGAAUCUGUGCAAUCUGAUCCAACUCCGACUCAUGGGGAUUGGGGUGGCCGAGAUUCGGGGCCUGGGGGAGCUCAGGGCACUGGAGACCAUGGCGAUCAGUUUCAUGGAUCUGAACAACCUCAACGGACUUGAGAAUCUGCGCUUCCUCGCGACCCUGAUCUUGAGGGGCAUCCAGCUGGAGACAUUGCCUAGUCUAGCAAAUUUGAGCAAGUUGAAGGAUCGAGGGUUGAAGGAGGUUACAGGGCUGGAGAGGUUGGUGACAUUGGAAAGGCUGGUUAUGGAGAGUUGCACUUCGAUUCGACAGCUGCCGGAUCUGUCCGAGCUUAGCAAUCUCAAGUAUUUAAACCUCAGUGGCUGCGCAGGGUUGAUUCAUCUCAUUGGGGUCGACAGAUUGGUGUCGUUGCGGCAGCUAUUGUUGUCGUGGUGUUGUUCCAUUGCGAAGCUGCCGAACUUAUCCGGUCCCAAGAAUUUGGAGCGGCUUUAUAUAGUGGGGUGCACAAAGUUGAUUGAGGUCAAUGGACUCGAUGAGCUGAAGGAGCUACAGGACCUGGAAAUGGGGAAAAGGAUGAGAAUGAAGUACUUGGUCAAAUCGGCUGCUAGAUAUGGCAAGGGACUAGCUUCUUCACUGCUCUUGGGUCUCUCUCCAACUGCUUCUGGGACCUCUUCCAGCUAG